CCCCUCUCCCCACUCCCCUACAUCGCCACUGACUGCCUCCCUCAUCAACCAUGGCUGAGAAGGUCACUGAAAUGAGACUCAAGGUUGAUCUUCAAUGCCCCUGCUGCUGCAAGAAGGUCAAGAAAAUCCUCUGCAAAUUUCCUCAAAUCAAAGACCAGGUAUAUGAUGAGAAGCAUAAUCUGGUGACCAUCACCGUGGUGUGCUGUAGCCCGAAGAAAAUCCGCGACAAAUUAUGUUAUAAGGGUGGCGAAAUCAUUAAGAGCAUUGAGAUCGUGGAGCUACAAAAGCCCAAGCAACCCGACAAACCUAAGGAGCCAGAGAAGCCUAAAGAGCCUGAGCAGGCCCGAGUGGCUGUGGUUGACAAACCAAAACAACCCGAAAAACCCAAAGGUAUAGUACUUGAAAAGCCGAAGGCACCUGCACCACUACCACCAGCACCAGCAGCACCGGUUCCACCUGAACCGUGCUUACACCAAGAAGUUCCAGUGGGGUUCUACUGUGUCCCAUGUUCGGAAGGGUACAACGGGGGACCAUGCUACUAUGCGUACAGGCAGCCCAUGCCCCCGCCGCCUUGUUAUGAUAGCUAUGGUUACGGGUAUGGGAAGGGGUGCCCAUAUAGCCGCUGCGAUUAUUUCAGUGAGGAGAACACUGGGAGCUGUGCGAUUAUGUGAGAGGAGAAGAGUAGAGAAUUUGAUGGGGUGACCUUAGUGUGAUUCUACUACUAUAUAGUAUGAUAUGAUAUGAAAACUGAAAAGCGUCCAAAUUAAUCAAUUAAUAUUGUU